GGAGUCUCUACUAUCUUCAUUCGGAAGCCGAGGUAGUAUACAAGUCAACGACAUUUCAGAGCAGUUUUUAUUUUUAAGUAGUAAAGCUUAAAAAAAAUAAAGGCUGAGUUUUUAUUCUAUACAACUUAACCAUCUAUCUCUCUCUCUCUCUCUUAGAUAACUUUUUAUUUCAGUAUUCAAAUAAUACAUGAUCGGCAAAUUAGAGAAUGGAGAAUCAAACGCUUCUUGUUUUUAAUACGAUUUAAUGACGGAUUUUAGAAUAUUGAAAAAGAGAAUAGAAGAGAAAAAGUGAAGAAGAAAAGGAAAGUGAAUUACGGCAUUAAAGACAAUCACUUUAUUUCGCGUAUGUGAAUACGUUUUAUUCAUAUUAAAUCGAGAUAGUUACUGUAAUACAGUGUACUAGAGGUUAAGAAUGGCGGCCGGUCCGAUUGCGGAGCGUAAUCAAGAUGCCACAAUAUACGUUGGAGGAUUGGAUGACAAAGUCACAGAGUCCCUUAUGUGGGAAUUAUUUGUACAAUCAGGACCUGUUGUCAAUGUACACAUGCCAAAAGAUCGAGUGACUCAAAUGCAUCAAGGGUAUGGCUUUGUUGAAUUUAUGGGUGAGGAGGAUGCGGACUAUGCUAUUAAGAUCAUGAAUAUGAUCAAACUCUAUGGCAAACCUAUACGAGUUAACAAGGCUAGUGCGCAUCAGAAAAAUUUGGAUGUGGGAGCGAAUAUAUUUAUUGGAAAUCUUGACCCAGAAGUGGACGAAAAAUUGUUGUAUGACACAUUCAGCGCAUUUGGCGUCAUUUUGCAGACCCCGAAAAUAAUGAGGGAUCCCGAGACUGGCAACUCAAAGGGCUUUGCUUUUAUUAACUUCGCUUCUUUCGAUGCGUCUGACGCCAGCAUUGAAGCGAUGAAUGGCCAGUACUUGUGCAAUCGACCAAUCUCAGUUUCAUACGCCUUUAAACGUGACGCAAAGGGCGAGAGGCAUGGAAGCGCAGCGGAGCGGCUCUUAGCCGCGCAGAACCCGCUGAGCCAAGCGGAUAGGCCACAUCAGCUGUUCGCGGAUGCGCCGCCGCUGGCACCGCCACCGAUGGCGAACUCGGCGCCGAACGCGCACCAGGCAGCUCAUCCUCAACAUCACGUGAUGCAUCAUGGAAUGGUCGUGCCGCCACCGCCGCCACCAGUCACUCCGGGACCACCGAUGGCUCAUCCACCUCCACCACCCGUUCCACCACCGCCAUCUGGUGGAUUCCCACCGGCGAAUAUCCCGCCGCCACCCCUGCCGCCAAUGUCAAUGGCACAUCCGCCUCUACCGCCCGGUAUGCCGCCACCGUUGCCGCCGAUGCCAGUGCCGACCUCUCAAGCGUCUGCCGCCUCCAGGAUGAUGGCACCACCGCCACCACAUUGGGCCGUAGGAGCGCCGCCACAGGGGCAGUUUCCACCGCCUCCACCGCCGUCCGCCGGCGGACCACCUCAAUUCGGCCAGUUCCAACCGCCGCCACCAAGACCACCACCGGCCUGGCGGCACCCGCCGCCACCACCGGUCUCACAGGGCGGCCCGCCACCACCACCUCCACCGCAGUUCCGACCGCCUUUCCCGCCGAGAGGGCCGCCACCGCCGCCACCCCCGCAUGACAGCGGCCAAUAUUAAUGUUCCUGUCCUGUAUUUAUUCGCCGCGUCGACAAUGUAUGAAAAGAAUAUAAUUAACAGUAUAACAUUGAUACAAUAUUAUUUCAUGAUGACUCCUUGCGAUUGGCGAAAACAAAUUUACACAUUUCUGUAAGAAAAAGCUGACUUCUGAAUAAAUUUCGAUUGUAGAAAUAGUUAAGUAAUUAGAUAUAAUAAUAAAUAACUCAACGUUAUUAAUUAAUCGAUUAAAGAAUCGACGCUAUAAUAAUAAAGGUAAAUGGUGAAGGAACAGCGCGUUAAUUGUGACCGCGUUCCGCGCGGUCAUUUAUCGUAUCGAUUGGCCGUGGCGCGUGAAUAACGUAGCACGUUUGUUCUAUCGAUUAUUUCGUACCUGUCCAGCUCACUAGACGAUAACGUUAGUCGAAUACCGGGUUAAACAUUCUUUAGAAUUGCUGCCGUGCGCCUCGUGUCGAGCAAUUUACGAGCGAUUUGCUGCGUCAAACAAGUGAUCGUUACUUAAAAGCAAGAAAAAUCAACGCGUAAUUUCGCGUACGAGUACGACAUUAAUUCGGUAAAUAAAACUAACGAGUGUUAAAAGAAGAGCUCAGUGCAUUCCGAGGAUAACGACAACUUUUUUUCCCUUACACCAUUGACGCAAUACUCUUUCCUCGAUUGCAUAUCUGUUGAUACGUUGAUAUAUUUCGGUCGUUUUGUUACGGGAUUUGUCACAGAUCGUAACUGAUAGAGCGAUAUAUUUUUAACGAAUCUAUCAUGCAAAAAGAAAUUAAUCAUGCGAGAAUUAUGCGAGUGUCAGCAAGCUAGAUAUGGCAUAUUUGUAUUACAAAUGUAAUUUAGGAGAAUCCAGAAACGAAAGCGGCAGCAACGUAAUCAAGCUGUGCCUGCUUGAAUAUUGCUUAUAUUGCUGCAGUAAACUACAGUUUUGCUCUGCGGUGCAACAGCGAUCACCACGUCGUCUCUGGGAUCACUGGUACUUCUGGCUUGGCGUUACAUUUCUCGCUGCUUUUGUCGCUUCUUCGGUAUCCCGUUCCGACAUAACGCACACAUCAAUGGUAACGGACAGAACAACCCGGGGUUUAAUCAGCGAUCCGAUCGGAACCAAAUAUCCAUAAGCGUAAUUCCCACGACGGGGACGUUCUGGUCGCAGGGGAAGGUGCUGGUGAUCGGUGGGCAACCGGGCAUCACGCACAUGACGCCCGUCGUUGCGUAACAAAGAGAGCGCCGCUUUGCCGAUACGCCGCGCCGAGGCCAAGAUCGGGAAGUGCGGCCGCUCUAAAGCGUUCAGGGCUUCGAUUCUAUACACAACACGGUAUAUACAAUAUUCUACAAGCACUCGUCUACGUACAUACAUAAUCGCCACGUCGCCUCCCGUCUUCGUUCACCGGCGAGGAACUCCCAUAGUCGCGGGCAUUACGGACGCAACACUCGACCAGAUGCUUUUUUACCUCGUGCUUACACGGCUAAUGGCCGGUACCAGCUAAUGCACUACGGAUAUGAGGAACUUCCGAUUGAUGUGAGAAAAAGCUUUCCUUUCAUAAUUUUGAACGAGGCGCAGAACUGAGUUACGGCCUGGAAUGGAGCAUUUGAAUGACACCGAAGGAAUCCUGGAAAAUGCUCGAGAAACAUACAGCUCUAGGAUUGUCGAAAAGGGUGGUUAUCGUCUCAAAUUCUCGACCACCGUAAUUAUCUUCUCCAUUAGCCUCGACGAAAGUAGCGGCGCGGCCCGUUCACAUCGGCGACGAUAAUCCGAUCGAAUUCACGCGAGACGUAUGUAUAACGCCAUCGCGGCAUGGCGUGGCACGCCAUGCAUGUGUAUGCACGACGACGACCUUUCCCGAAGCCAUUACAGGGAGAAUUACAGGCUUCGACCGGCUCGUCGCGUCUCGCAGUGAUUUCGCCCGGCUUCGAUCGAUUUAAACCGAUUAACGCAUAUCCCGCAGCAGCGGCAGCGUUUCACCGGCCGCGCCGAUAACCAGGAUAACGAUGCGGCCGAGGCUCCUCCGUCAGUUGAUCGCGCAGCAACGUUGCGGUGGAACCUGCUCGCAAACCCGUUUUUCACGUCGGCCGCGCCGGGCGCAAUCCUCGCCAGCAAUUAAGAAGACAUGCUCGCGUCCGCGUGAUCGUCGCGUCCGAGGACGAGGAGGAGUACAAGAGCGAGGCUAAUUAAAGAGGACAAUCUCGGCUUGAGACGAUGAUCCUCCACUCCCUCCUCCUCCUCCUCCUCCUCCGCUUCGCGAGCUCCUUUGUUCCUUCCUAGCGAGGAAAAGUCGAUCGCCAGAUAAUUGCACAGAUAAUUAUUCUGUGUUAAUCGUUUAGCUAGUCAUUUAUUUAUCGUUUAAUAUGUGAAUAUAUGAAUAUGUUAAUUAACACAUUCUCUGUAAUGACGAUUGCCGGUGACUGACACUGAGCUUUCCGUUUACGCCUCAUUGAUCAGCAGUAAUAACUGUAAUAGUGAUAGAAAAAGCGUAACGGAUAAAGCUUGUAAAAAUAACUUGAAAUCUUUAUUACAAUUUUUUAUAUCAUUAUAUAGACACAGACGAUGAAUAUUGAUAAAUCAGUUGGCAUGAACGGAAAGCUAGCUAAAAUAUGCUUGACACCGAAUGUGUUAAUAAAAUAUGUGUUGUUGUCCGAAUACAUUAUGCCGUAUUAAAUGUUUUUAGCUGUUGUUAGUCUGCUCUCGCCCUCCUUUUGUCUUCGUUUCAAGCUCGACUGUCUCGAUGAAAGAUAUGGUUCUUGCAGAGGGCGAUAUAACAAAGGAAUUAUUUUAUUAUAAGCGAAAAUAUCGCGGUUGAAAAUAAGCCUUUCUCGUGAUAAAAUGUGUACGUAUUGAGCGGAGGAAGCGUGCGUGUUGUUCAUGAAGUAAAUGUGUGGCAAUGUGAUUGCAAAUCGAUAUUAUACAAAGAUCCGAAAUAAGCGUGACGCGAGCAUUCUCUCGUGCCUGGAGCGUGCGUAUUUUGCAAGUUUUUUUAGGCAAGUCUUUCAACAUGCUCGGAGAAUAUACGACGUUCCACUCUAUUUUUUUUCGCAAAAUAUUAAAACGUUAUCUUUUAGUAAUGCGAUACUUCACGUGAUUCAUGUAUAUACGCGUCAUGUCAUUCGCUUCUCCUCCUCGAAUGUAUCGCGUAGCAAAAAAUCAGCAUAAAUCACACACAGCACGAUGCUGCGCAAAAACCGAGCGAGGAAUCGGUGUUAGCGAGACAAUCGUCAUGCAUAGGAUGUAUUUUUGUAAUUGUAUAUGCGACAAAACAGCUUAAUUUGUAUUCACGAAUAAAUGUUGCCCGGUCAAAGUCAAGCUAAUAAUCGUUGACGUUGCCAAUCAAGAUUGCAAGAAUAAAUUGUGUUCCGUGUUCUUGAAA